ACUGGGUUUGAAUUUGCACACGAGCUUUACUGGGAGUCGUGGAAGUCAGUUGCCUGCAAUUUACAUCAGCUUAUUUUUAAUGCUGAGCUGUGCCAUUCUAUCAGAGUGACGUCUCUUUCUAUUUUAAUCUCACCAAUAGCUGUCAGAAACGUGGUUAGAAAAGUCUGGUCUGUGUUGGCACUAUACAGGAAGUUAAGAGUGUGUUGUUCUAUAGCAGUUCUUACAGGCCAAUAAUGGGAUACUAAUGUUUUCGGAUAUCUGGGGUGAGUCAGGUGUGCCAGGCUGCUUGGAGGAUCUGACUCGAAGAUGAUUUUCAGGAGUAAACUAAUGUGGUGGUGUGUGUUGUUGACAUACUGUACGAUGGUGAACUGCUGUGGUCUGAUAACACCUCAGAAGGAACCAGUUCCUCUGAAAAGCAUCGAAGUGGAGGUGGAGGUGAGGGACCAUGUGGCUACAGUGGUCUCCACUCUGAACUAUGAGAACAAGGAGGACAAACCAAUAGAGGCAUUAUUUGUCUUCCCUCUGCCUGGAGAUGCUGCUGUCUGUCAUUUCAGUGCUAAGAUUGGACAAAAAGAGAUUGUAGCUGAGGUGAAGGAGAAACAGAAGGCUCGUGAGGAGUAUGAUGAUGCACUGAGCUCCGGUCAGCAGGCCUUCCUGUUGGAGGAGAGUGAGCAGAGUCCAGAUAUAUUCUCUCUGAGUGUGGGCAGCCUGCCUCCAGGAGAGAGCGCCUCCAUCAGGCUGGAGUACGUCACUGAGCUGGCUGUGCAGGCUGAUGAUGGGCUGAGGUUUUGUCUGCCUGCUGUGCUCAACCCUCGCUACCAACCUCAGGGUAGUGAAGGUGCCAGUGUCCAGGUGACCUCUGUCCCAGCCUCUCUGGUGCCCUACAGUCUGUCUUUCUCUGCCCGACUGUCCUCCCCUCGUCCAGUCUCUAAAGUAGAGUCUAACUGUUCCCUGGAUCCUCUGCAGUACCUCAACACAAAGCAAACCCAGGCCAUGGUCAAGUUGGCUGCAGGACACAAGUUUGACAGAGAUGUUGAACUGCUGAUUUAUUACAAAGAUGCCCACCAGCCCACUGCUGUGGUGGAGGCAGGACAGGCGUCUGCCAAGCCUGGCACUCUGAUGGGUGAUCCAGUAGUGAUGCUGAGCCUGUACCCAGAGUUCCCCCAGGCUGUGAUGUCUUCAGUCGCCUCACGUGGAGAGUUUGUGCUUUUAUUGGAUCGAUCUGGCAGUAUGGAAUCGCCUAUGGACAACACUGAGAGUCAGGAUCGCAUUGGCAGUGCCAGGGAUACUCUGCUGCUCUUGUUGAAGAGCUUACCAAUGGGCUGCUAUUUCAACAUCUACAGUUUCGGGUCCACCUACGAACGCAUCUUCCCCAAAAGUGUGGAGUACAAUGAGGAGACCAUGGAAGAGGCUCUGAAGAAAGUUGAAGUGAUGAACGCUGACCUGGGAGGAACAGAGAUCCUCGAGCCCCUCAAAGAAAUUUACAGUCAGCCAACCAUUCCCAAUCAACCCAGACAACUAUUUGUCUUUACUGACGGAGAGGUGGAGAACACCAAACAAGUCAUCAAUCUGGUGAAGAAGAAUUCAGGUUCCCACAGGUGCUUCUCUUUUGGGAUUGGGGAAGGGGCCAGCUCUGCUCUUAUCAACGGGUUGGCCAAGGAAGGAGGAGGUCACGCUCAGUUCAUCACAGGGAAAGAGAGGAUGCAGCCUAAAGUGAUGCAGUCGCUGCGAUUUGCUCUGCAACCAGCUGUAGUGGACGUCUCAGUCAACUGGGAUGUGCCAAAGGGAGUCUCUGUCACUGCUCUCUCUCCACCAAUCACAGCACUUUUCCAGGGUCAGAGGUCACUGAUUUACGCCCAGCUUACUGGAAAGAGUUCAGAGGCAGCAGACGGCCUUGUGACGGUGAAGUACAGCCUGGCAGGUCAUCCCUCUCAGAACCAGCUCCACUUCAAUCUCACGCCUGCUGAGGACACUGGAUUAACAGUCCACAGGUUGGCUGCUAGGACUCUGAUUCGCUCCCUGGAGAUGGAGGAGAAAGACGACAUCGAAGAACAAGAUGAGGGAGUGAAGAAGAGGGUGGUGGAGCUCAGUGUCCAGUCAGGAGUAAGCAGUGUCUUCACUGCCUUCAUUGCUGUCAAUAAAGGCGAUGGCGAAGCGAUUCAAGGACCUCUGGUGCGACAAUAUGUUCCAACACCCAUGUACGCCUCGUUUGGUAUGAUGCCUAUGGCUACCAGUGCAGCCAUUAUGUAUGACGAUUUUGAGUUUGAAGAUGCUCAAGAUGAUAUGGCUAUGGGAUGCGAUGAAGGGUUUGAUGGCAUCAUGGAAUCCGAACAGUAUUGUGUUGAAGAGCCUACUGUCAUCAAGCCCAAGCAGCCUCACAGAGACCCUUUGCUGCAACUGGUCUCCCUCCAGAAGGCGUCUGGCUGCUGGGAGCUGGUUCCAGCUCUGGCUGAUGCACUGGGAAAGACCAGCGAGGAGGUGGAGAGUGCAAAACCUUCAGGAGUGAACCAGGAAGUGUGGGCCACCUUUCUGGCUCUGAUCUGGCUUCAUGGCUCCAAGAUGGAGGCUCAGGAUGAGUGGGAGCUUCUGGCCAUGAAGGCUGUGUCAUGGCUCCGUGCUCAGAAUGCUCUCUAUGCGACAGAGUGUGUGGAAGCUGGAAAUGCUUUGUUGGGUUUCAACGUGCAGAAAGACGCCCUGGGACUCUGAGGCUUCUCUUCAGGAUUGAAGACGACACAGAAGCAGAUUUACUGCAUCCUUCGACUUUUACAUUGCAUAUUACACUUUGCACUAUCUGCGUUCACAGUAUUCCAUGCCUUAGUAUAUUUGCACUGUCAAGCAGGUAAGCAGGGAAAAGGGAAAUGCUUCGGGGGGUCAUGGAGGCAGAAUCCUAAAUACAAGCAAUAAUAACCAAAUUUAAUUUGUUUUGAACCAAAAUAUUAACCAUUACAUGUUAAAUACAACAAAAAUAAACAUUGUGUUUAUUGUUGCUAUAGUAAAAUGUAGCGUGUUUAAUAAUUAAACACAACCCUUUAUUCAAAUGGUAUGAGCAUUUUUUUGGAUGGAAACGUUGCAGUUAAGAAAAACUGCAGAUGGCCAACCUCAUGACCUGAGUUUGGAGCUCUUCUGGGUCUUCAUCUGGGUUACGCGCUCACUGAAUAUGCACAGUAGUGUUCCUUAUGCUGCCCGUGCCUACGAGAUCCCGCUUGGCUCAUAGACUCUAUAUUUAGAUGAUUUCACAUAUUUAAAAAUAAAUAAAUCCAUGAACAAUUUUACAAAUACAAAACCUCCAUGGCUCAAGAAUUCAUAAUAGAGAGAGUCAUAGCUAUUGUUUGUAGUUCAAGUUGUCCUGUCAUGAGUUUUGGAAAUUUCUCCUUUUCAGUGGUGGUUUGUGGUUUUUAGGCAACUUUUGGGGGAUUUUUCUGCUGCAAUACCACAAGCAGCCACUUGGAAAAAUUGGAAGCAAGGCUGAGCAGUGUUCCUGGGGGCCUUUUUGAUAUGAUUGAAGCAGAUUAUUAGGGGGUCCCAGUUAUUUCUGUGUGCAGGCCUGGUGUCAAGACAAAGAACUGUUUUUCUGUCUUUCUGUCCAGUGCUUUGUUUUGGAAGUUUUUUCAUUUAAAAAAAUUAAACUGGAAUGUUUGGACCUUAAA